AUGUUGCUCGACGACGUGGGUCAGCCCCUCGACGACGUCGUUGUGCUUGGUCCGAAAGAUAUAGACAUCCCACCCCAAAGUGAAGCCAUUAUCGCCGGAAUUCGAUCAUGGCUCAACCCCACACAGUAUGCAGAGGAUGGUAGCGAAUACAAGAAGCAUUUAUCCUCGCACCUCAAAGGCACCGGCCAGUGGGCCAUAGACUCAGCCAUUUUCCAGGAAUGGCGCGACAGCCCUGACCAAGGGAUACUGUGGAUUCGAGGAAUUCCCGGCGCCGGAAAGUCAGUCCACGCAGCAAACCUAAUCCACCAUCUAUCAAAAGAUGGUUGUCCGGUCCUCUACUUCUUCUUUAGGCAUACCAUCGAGGCGAACCAUCGCCCAGAGGCCGCCCUCCGAGACUGGCUCGCACAAGCACUCCCGUUCAGCCCGCCUCUGCAGCUCGAACUGAAAGAUAGAAUUAAGGAGGCUGUUGAAAAACUUACAAUUUCCGACCUCUGCCAGCUUGUGCGAGUAGCACUGGCGGGUAUCUCACAAGCAUAUUGCGUCGUAGAUGCCCUAGACGAGAUGGACCAAACAAUGCUUGAGCCUUUUCUUCAAAUGCUCGACGACUUGGGCCACUGGCGGCCCGAUUCAAUCAAGUUAAUUAUCACAAGCCGUCCUGUCGCUAUUGUGGAACGCAUAGUAAGGAAUAUUCGACUUCUCGAUGUUCGACUAGACAAAGAGCUGGUGGAGCCAGAUAUCGUCGUGUAUCUGUGGCACAGACUUCGCCAGUCAUACCUUUUGCCGGAAAGUCACUCAGCCGUCGUAGCCUACAUUCUCGACAAGGCUGAUGGCUUGUUCCUCUACGCAAAGCUGGCCAUGGAUGCCAUUUCGCACCUUGAAGACGAUGUCGAGGUUCAACAAGCUCUUGAUAGUCUGCCAGCGGACCUGACCGACAUGUACUCCAAUCUUCUCCAAGAGCACCUAAAACGCACUGGAAUCGCCCCACAGCUUCAGAUCCUGAUCCUGCAAUGUGUCACUCAUGCAAUUCGGCCAUUGCGUCUGCUCGAGAUCUCAGACUGUAUCGCUGUUACUCACCCGCAACAUGGAAAGGACGCUGGAACAUUGAAAGCUCUUGUGAGGUCAGCUUGUGGCCCACUUUUGGAAGUUCUCCCAGAUGAGACUGUUAGAGUUGUACACCAUUCACUCACAGAGUAUCUCCUGGGAAUCAUUCGGCCUGUCAAGGAUACCAUGGCCCCUUUUGUUGUCUUCGAAUCGGGCCCCACCCACGCACGAAUGGCCACGCUCUGUCUGUUGUAUCUUCAAUUGGGUGGCUUGGCUCAAUUGAAAGUUAAGCAGAGAUUCUGGGAUCUCGAAGUGAUCGAACAAGAAAUAUAUGCACCCUUCACAAACUACGCCUUGACAAAUUGGCAUGCUCAUGUCAAGAAAGCAGCGGCCUUGAGCCAUGAUCUACACUCGAUCAACGAUCAUCUUCAUCAACUAAUCGUUGGAGGCGACAAAGACAAUGCACGGAAGCUUUCACUCGCCGCCAAAUUGGGAGAUAAGUCUGAUAGACAACCCAGUGGGCGACUGCCAAAAGCACAUGCUGAUGCACUUCGACUCGCUAUCGCAUUAGACCUACCGUCUUUUGUCGAUAGCCUGCUUGAACGCUAUGGCACUGAACUCACAAAUUACGACCCUGAUAUUGACUAUUGUCCCUUGAUCUUUGCAGUCAACUCGGGCAAUUGCGACAUAGUCCAAUCCCUCAUUCGCCAUGGCGCGGACGUGAACGAGUAUGAUACACAUGGGGCCACACCGUUGCACACAGCUGUCGGCUGGGGUUACAGAAGCGGCAAGGGUAAUGCGAAGAUGGCAGGAAUAUUGCUCGACGCAGGUGCAGAUCCGGAAAAAGAUACAGGGGUUGACCAUCAUGUCUACGAUAACACCAUAGGUGGCCGCCCCGAGUACCCAGCCUGUAUGGUCGCCUUUCAAAGCGGGAACAAGGAGCUGGCUUCUGUUUUCAUGCCAUUUAUCAAAGGAGCGACUCAAGCCAGCCGUGCACUCGAUUGGGCUAUAGAUCGAGAUCGUGCAGGAAGAGCAGACGUUGUCGAUGUCAUCCUGCGCCACCCCGAUCUGGACGUCAACGGGACACCUAACAACAACAGGAGGGCCUCAUAUAUGACGCCCCUGUACAAGGCGUGUACGAAACGUAACUCUGAGCUCAUUCGCAAACUCUUGGCUUCUGGUGCGGACCCGAAUAUUCCACACAAUGGUGCAUCCGGGUUUGGCGCACCAGAAGCCAAUCAUGUAGGGUGCAACGUGCUGCACGCCCUAGCCAAUUGCGGUGACAGUUACUCAAACCCGACACCCUCUGAGGUCAGUGAAGAAGAAAUACAAGAAUGUUUCAGAUUGGUUAUCGCGGCGGGCGCGAACGUACAUCAAACCGACUUGAGAGGAUCUACCCCACUUCACGAGGCCGGAGACAAAGUUGCCGCACGAUGUCUUAUAGAGGCUGGAGCGGAUGUGAAUGCAAAAAAUAUAGAUGGUGAAACCCCGGUACAUCUCCUCACUGAUAUCGACCUCUUGGAAGCACUUUCAGACGUUUUUGACAUCAACACCAAAUCAUCGAGGUCUGAACAGACGCUAUUGAUGCGAGCAAUAGAUCAAAGUCGAUGGUUCAGCCUCGGAACGCGCAGUGAGAGCAAGGAACAGCAGUUUGCGAAGGCAUUGAAGCUCAUUGAAUUGGGAGCAGAUGUGUCACUUGUUGACAAAGAAGGUAGGAGCGCCCUACACUAUGCUGCCCAGAUGGAUGCAGAUUUGCCAAACCUCAAAAUCUUGUGGAAAAAGCUUAUCGAUGUCGGGGCAAACCCAAAUGCUCAGGAUAAAGACGGAGAAAUACCAUUGCACAAGCUUGGGAAGCGAUCGUGGGGAAACGAGACUACGAAAGAGAGUAUCGAAGCGUUCUUGGACAUCGCGCAGCCUGAUACUGAGAUCAAAGACAAUAAGGGACGGACCUCUUUGUUUAAGAUGAUUGACACUUCGGGUGACACAAGCACAAGCGAAAUAUUGGCGGUUCUCGAGUUGUUUGCCAAGGCAGGUGCUCGAUUCGAUGCAAGAGAUUUGCGAGGAAGGACACUGCUCCAUGCAGCAGCGCAGCAUCGUCGUGAAGAUACGACACAUCUCAAGUUCCUGGUUGAUCAAGGCCUCGAUCCGAAUAGUCAAGACGCAGAAGGGAACACAAUAUGGCAUGAAGGGGUACCGAUGUUCUGUAAUUGUAGGGUAUCGCCAAAUCUCUACAAGGGCUUCACAGCUCUGGGUGUAGAUCUUGCGAAGACCAACAAUCAGGGAAGAUCGCCGCUUCAUGUACUGAGUAAGUACAAUCAGUGGGUUGAAGAAAUGGGCAGCUGGGAGAAGCAAGAUGAUCCAACCUUGUUGGAGUACAUCCUCAAUGACGGACGCAUCAAUGUCAAUGCCGAAGACAAUCAAGGCGUCACUCCUUUGCACAACGCGUCGACAUUUUCUCCAUUUCUGGUCCAGCAAUUUCUCCGGGCAGGAGCCGACGCAACAAAGCAUACGGCCGAGGGUCUCAACGCCUUUCAUUUAGCCGCACGAUCCCGUCAAUCCAACGUCAUUGGGAUCCUCGUCUCUUGGUUGCGGUCGCAGGAUGACCAGGAUUCACUCCUCAACGCUGUCAACUACAAAGACGAGCAGGGCCGGACACCUCUGUACUAUGCCUGCGCGUCUGGUCGAUAUGAGUCUGUCCAGCUACUGGUGCAAGCUGGUGCAUCAGUUGAAAGUGAUAGCUAUCUUGGGUCUGCUUGGCACGGCUGUGCAGACUUUGAAGAAGAACAGCGGAGUGGAACUUGGAGGCGAUGGGAUGAUCCCAACGAUUAUGGACGUGUAUUUCCAGAAGCGCCCGCUGGGGGUGUUCUGAUUGCCGACACACUCCGACCCAAGCGACCACUUCCAGGUCGCGGGCAGCAAGUCCAACAUUUCCGCUUUGCUGUCGAACGCAUUGACGAAAUCGUGGACCUGCUCCUUGCUUGGGGUCCUGAUACUGCCUACAAGUAUCUCGACGAAGCCAUCAGAUGCUCUCUUGAGCAGCAAUUCGACUACACUGCCACAUGCCUUCUACGUGCACGCGAAGCGCUCGGAAUCACAACAACUCUCGACUGCCUAGACAGUGUAUCAGAAUGCGUUAAGAGGCGAGAGGCCGACAUGGAGCCGGGCAAAGCAAAUGGGAAGCAUAAAGAUGUAUAUCACCUUAUCCGCAUGAAGGAGUUCGAUGCUGCGAGCGAGCUUUUGCUGGAGGACCCUGAUAGACAUCUGCUCAAAACUGCGAGCAUACAGGGAACCCCAUGGAUAAAUAAUCUCACUGAGCUCGUCAAGAGCGGUUUCGCUUCGCUUGUCGACACUGCGCUCACUGCCGAGGUGAUGGCGAAGCUGAGAACUGCUCCGAAACAAGAGCAGAAAACAGCUAGAAAUAUUUUCCAGUCCCAACCGCGUGACGAAGAAAAUAAAGAAGAGCCUGUUAAAGAGGAGGAAACUAAUACUCAGUCCGACGAAAAAGUAGCCCAGCUACUUGAAGCUGCUUGUCUAACCGAGAGGCCCAAUAUGGAGGUCCUGCGUGUCCUCGUCGAGAAAAAGGGAAUUGACGUGAACAGUGCAACAACUGAAAAUUCUUACUGCCAAAGGACUAGACGAAACACAGUGCUCCAUGCUCUUGCUAAGAGUAGUCGUCUCGAGUGGUGGCAGCUGCACCAGGCAUUGCCAUUUCUGCUGGACAAAGACAAAGGCGCGGACACUGAAAUCUGCAACGGUCAAGGAAUGACUCCACUGCAAUUGUGUCUCGAAAGGAUCGGCGAGCCCUCUUUCAGCAAGGAGAUGGCCAAGCUUCUUCUUGCUGCGGGCGCAAAUCCCAACGCCGUCGACGAUCGCGACCGCUCAUGCUUGGCCAUCGCUAUGAAUAAUAGAGAAGUGUUCGAGAUGUUACUGAAUCAUGGCGCCAAAGUCUCACAUUCAGCUCUUGCGGCUGCUAUAGCUGCAAAAGACCCAGAUCUUUUGCAGCUUAUGCUGUCCUGCGAAGGCAUCGACCCCAACAUGCGAAAAGUGGGCAAAGAAGUUCCCGGCAGCCCGUCAGCGAACGGCAUGCACUUCACUCCUGCCAGACACGAUCCGAACGGCUCAAACGAGCUGUACCCAAUCGACUAUCUCUUAUGCAGUGUCUGCAGAAACGACGAGUCGAAUGCAAGCGCACGCAUGUUUGACCUCCUCCUUGCCCAUGGCGCCGACCUCGGUGCCAGGUAUGAGCGAACAACUAUAGUGCAUCGACUUCUGGGAAACCAGGGAGAUUCUUCUAGCACAAGCUACGGUGGCGAGAACGCAUUUUUGCUGCCUGUUCUGAAGCAUCCCAGUCUCGAUAUCGAGAUUCGCGAUAGUGAAGGUUCGACAUUACUUCUACAUGCAUGUCAGCGUGGAAAUUUGACCGCGAUCAACGCCCUUCUUGAUCGCAGCGCCGAUAUCCGUGCAAGAGAUAGCAAGGAUCACAACGCCCUGCAUCUCUUCGUUGGCAACAUCUACUACGCGUCGUUAUUCAGCCAACAAGUGAAACCCGACAAAGCGACACUUGGAAGAAAUAUCAUUGAACGCAUGACAUCACUUGCGCCUCAACUUCUGACCGAAGUAGAUGCCGAAGGGUGGACGCCCUUACACUCCAGUCUCCGACGCCCGUUCAACCUAAGCGAUGUGGAGGCCCUUCUCGAUGCAGGAGCAGACGUGAACGCUUCGAACACGAAAACACAUGACACUCCGCUUCACCUUCUCCUGGGCGGUGCAUUCCACAUCGAUGUCGACAAGCAAGGCUCGGCAGUGAUUACUGGAAAACGCAAGGAUCUGUUUCAGCGCUUCAUUUCCUUGGGAGCAAAUAUCAACGCGCGCAACACAGCUGGUGAAACACCCGCUUUCAACUUUUUCCGCCAGGGUAAAGUGGAAGUCAGUAUGAUUCUGUCCGAUGCUGAUGAGGCCGCCAUCAAGACUGUGCCACUUGGAGAUCAACGCUGGCAGCGUGACGAACUGGAACGGAAACGAAAGCGCGCUGUGGCCGUGGCACACGAACAUCGCCUCUGGGAAAUGUUUGAGAUGAGCGGGAUGGAUUGGUCGGCAACGGAUACGUCGCAGAAGACUUUGCUGCAUGUUGUGGCCGCGACCGUAGAACAGGAGUACGAGAAGCAUGUUGGGAGGGGGCCAGCACGGUUUCGGUUCCUGAUGGAUAAGGGCAUCGAUGUUUUGGCUGAGGACGAUAAACACCAGACUGCGCUAGACGUUGCGGCUGCCCUUGGAGCUGAAGACAUCUUGGAGAUGUUCAAGAAGAAAGACUGAUAGGGAUGUGGCGUUGAAUGUUGCCAAGUCCAAUUGCCCUAUGCUUCUAAUUGCUCAGAACGAUGGUGCACUUCUCUUUAAAACUCGGCUCGGACACUUUGCGUGUAGCUUGCGAGCAAUCCAUAUUCCACGUAAAACCUGAACAAGUCUCGGAGAACAGCGCUUUGGUAGUUCAAGACACCCCAGCCAUUAUCGAUAGUCUGUCCAGGCACCCAGAGGAAAGGUAUAUAAUCCAUCCACAGGCCUGUCCAAAUUAUAAGCAAACUACCAAAAGCUCUACCCCAGAUACCUUCUACCUACAGCUCAUAUAGCUUACCAAUCUGUGCUUGCUUUACGUACACGAUUCCCGUUACAACAAAACAUAUCCGCAAAAUUGACUCUCUCCCCUGGCUCCACAACUGCAACCCCUGGAUGAUUUCC